GUGACGACCAAUUAAAAUGGUAUGUAUGCGUUCCGAACAGUGUUGCCUUUUGAAGUGCAUGAUAACAUUUUUUUCAUUCACAGAGAAGCUGUUGUCUCGGUCAAGAUGUUUAAAAUACGUAAAGCUAAGGAUGACGAGCCCACGGCUCCAGGGCAGGUGAAAAUUAGAAAGAGGUCAAGGGUGCCCGGAGUUAUGAUUACCCAAUAUGUGGAAGAACUACCUGAAGGCAUGACCACUCCAGACUUCACCCGGAAACCCAUUGCUAUAACUAUUCAAGAAGGAAAACUGGCUGUCUUCAAAGCAGUCAUUACAGGCAAACCAGCACCCACUGUGACCUGGAUGAGAAAUGAUGGGGAAAUUGAUGAAGAAAGGUACAAAAUCAGCUUUGAAGCCAGUUCUGGUGAAUAUCAACUACAGAUUCCUAGUGUAACGGUGGAUCAAGCUGACACAUACAAGUGCUAUGCCAGAAAUGAAUAUGGAAAAGCCAUUGUGACUGCUGCACUAAAUGUUAUUGAGGUUGGCUUCAAAAAAAACAGAGCCUUGCAAGAAUCGAGAACAGCUAUCCGAGAAACACCCGAGGACUUCAAAAAGGCCCUAAAACAUAAGGUUGACAUGGAACAAAGGGAAGAGAAAAAACCUGAAAUUGAUGAGAAGUUUUGGGAACUGCUGUUGAGUGCGGACAAGAAAGACUACGAGUCCAUCUGUGCCCAGUAUGGUGUCACUGAUUUUCGCGGGAUGCUUAAGAAACUAAGUGAGAAGAAGAUGGAAAGAGAGCAAGAGCAAGAAAGGGUUGUAGAAAGACUAUGCAACCUAAAGCCAAUUGAACUUAAAGAUGACGGUCUUGCAGAGUUUGAACUUGAAAUGUCACUGAAAGACCCUACCAGCAAAAUCUUCAUAUACAAGGAUGGAGUUAUGAUUCCUUUUGAUGCUGACAUGGAGGUGAAACAUGGACUGAAGCAAGUGGGAAAGAAGUUUGUGUUUAGCAUCAAUGGUGUCGACCCCGAAGACGCGGGGCUGUACCAAGUAGAGGUUGAUGGAGUUAAGAUUUUCUCCACUGACUUCAAACUUCCCGAGGUGGAAUUCUUGGUCAAGAUUCAAGACGUGAAAGCGGAGGAAAGAGAGGACGCUGUGUUUGAGUGUCUCGUCUCACAACCCCUGAAAAAGAUAACUUGGAAGGGAAAGAACAUCCCAUUAGAGCAAGGGGAGAAAUUUGACAUCCUUGUGUCAGAAGACAUGCUGAUUCACACACUGGUGGUAAAGGACUGCAUGCCACUGGACAAGGGAAUUUAUGCAGCUGUGGCUGGAAACUCAUCCUGCAAUGCCUGGCUUAUAGUGGAAGACCCAGGAGUAUAUUUCACCGGCGGACUGUCGGAUGUGACCGCCAUCAUUGGUACUGAUGCAGAACUGGUCUGCAAGCUGAGCAGUGAGGAAUGUGACGGAGUCUGGUACAAAGAUGGGCAAGAGAUAACAGCUACAGAUCAUAUCUGCAUUGUUAAGGAAAAGAUUUAUCGCAAGCUAAUUAUCAAAAACUGCACAGAGGAUGAUUCUGGAAAGUACCGAUGUGAGGCGGACGGCCGCAAAACAGAAGCUGAGCUCAAAGUUGAAGAUCCUCCAAGACUUAAUUCAGAUGACCUCACGGAGUUCAUGAAGCCAGUUGUAAUCAAAUCUGGGAAAGAUGCAGCAUUCAAGAUGACCUUUGUUGGGCGUGAACCCAUGAAGAUACAGUGGUACCAUGAAGGGGAGGAGCUGCUGGAGGACACCGGUAUCAAGAUUGAGAAGUCCGAGUCACACACCCGCCUGCUGCUGACCAAGUGCAAACGCAAAACCUCAGGAGAAAUCAAGAUCAAGAUAAAAAAUGAAUGUGGAACAACUGAAGCCAUCACGCAGCUUGUUGUAUUAGCAUACCCUGGAGCUCCCUCUCAACCAAAAGUUGUUAGUGCGUUCAAAGACUGCAUCAAUCUGGCUUGGUCUGCACCCAGUAAUACUGGAGGCACCGACCUUUUGGGAUACAAUGUGGAGAAACGCAAGAAUGGCAGUAAUCUGUGGGGCAUGGUCAACCCAGCCAACGAGCCCAUCAGAGAGAAAAACUACGGAGUGAAGGAUGUUGUUGAGGGAUUCGAGUACGAGUUCCGUGUAUCAGCUAUCAACAUUUCUGGAGCUGGAGAGCCAAGUACACCAUCUGAAUUUGUGUUUGCAAGAGAUCCAAAGAAGCCCCCUGGUAAAGUUAUUGACCUGAAGGUGACAGACUCCACAUAUAGCACCUUAUCGCUGGGCUGGACCAAACCCAUAGAGGAGGAGGGGGUUCAAGAUGAGUCCAAAGGAUACUUUGUGGAGGUCAGACCAGCUGAAGACCCAGAAUGGAGUCGCUGCAACUCCACUGCUAUCAUUAUAAACUCCUAUACUAUUAUGGGUCUGAAGUCAAUGGCCAUGUACUGGGUAAGAGUUUUAGCCACCAACGAGGGUGGAGACGGUGAGCCACAAGAGCUGGACAAUUAUAUCAUCGCAAUGCCUCCCCCAGUGAAACCUCACUUCACUGACAGGAAAAUUAAGACCUUCAUGGUAAUGAAAGCUGGCAACGCUGCUCGCAUCAACUUCAACUUCCAGGCCUCUCCGAUACCGUCUAUCAAAUGGCUGAAGGACGGUCAUCCCGUUGGCAAGCAUGUGAAAGUGAGCAACUCAGACACAUCAUCGCAGCUGAUGAUCUCGUCAUCAGAGCGUCAUGACACUGGGAUCUACACUAUAAUUGUCAAGAACCUCGUUGGUCAGGAGACCUCUAGUGUUGAGAUAAGAAUCACAGAUGACCCCAAGCCUCCAGGCCCUGUGGAGUUGGAUGAGAAUGUGUCAGGAACCGUGACGGUCUCCUGGGAUCCCUCUCCAGAUGAGAAGAAAGACGACAGGCUUCACUACAUAAUCACCAAGCGUGAUUCUGUCAAGCGUACUUGGCAAACUGUGGCAGACCAUCUCUUCAACAACAAGUUCACCGCCAUCAACGUCAUGCCCGGCAGACAGUACAAGUUCCGAGUCUAUGCCAAGAAUGACAUGGGGCUUUCCAAACCCUCUGAUUCAGCAAUCUGGGAAGUGAAGAGAGUAAAAGAGUCAUUUUCUUUGAACCUUCCUGCCUCCAAGGACUGCAGCUUCGAGGAGCCUCCGUCAUUCUCUGUGCCACUGAAGACGCACAACAGUCCAGAGAGCUAUGAGUGCUACAUGAGCUGCGCGGUGACAGGAAACCCCAAACCCCAUGUUACCUGGUACAGAAACAAUAUCAGCCUCAACACCAACACUAACUACUACAUCACCAACACAUGUGGGGUCUGCUCCAUGGUGAUACUCAAAGUCGGGCCCAAGGACAGCGGGAAUUACACCGUCAUCGCAGAGAACAAUCUGGGCAGAGUGGAGUGUUCAACUAAACUUGUCGUCAAAGAUUAGGAUGAUUCAGUUGGCCCGAACUCCUGAAGAUGAAUGAAACAUUGUGGAGGACGUGCCGAUCUAAAGCCUGCAUUCAUCUGUGCUUUUUUUUUUGGUGAAUCACUGCAGUGAUGUGAAGAGCAAAAAUAAAGGAUGAAAGGAACAUGUUUUAAAGUGCCAAUAAGAAACCUUGCAGAUUCAAACUAUGAGAUCCACCAUUAAUUAUAUACUAAUCUUAACAGCCUGACACAUUUAUUUAUUGGCCUAUAUUUCCCUGAGCUGUGAUUAUACUUAGUUUGUUCUGGUUUUUUUUGGUAUAGGACAGGAAAGCUGUUUGGUUUGCCUAAGUUACUCCCACAUGGAAAGUUUAUGAUAUGUCUGACUGAUUAUUAGUGUUUGAAUCAUCGAUAAUUAUGCCAAAAUGUAAAUAAAUCCUACCCGUUCAAUGACAAAGUAUCUUAUUAUUUGCCUCUCUUUAACCUAAAUGUAAUCAUGAGCUUCUGUGUUGCUGUUUUGUCUACAGGCUCUCCAGUGGCUCUGUAAGGCUUUACAUGCAAUGCUGUGCUUUGAGUUCAAUGUUAAUGCUGGCAUGCCGAAAAGUGUCCACUGUCAUGCAAGUGAAAAUAACUGCUAGAUAUGUCCUCUUAUCCACACAUAAAGUUAAUGGGGUCUAUUCUGGCCCGAAACCUAUCCUCCAUCCAAGUUUCACAGAAAUCUGUUCAGUAGCUUUCUGCAGACAAUACCAGCCAACCAACCAACCAACCCACAAAGAUACACGGGGGAAAAUAUAACCUUCUUAGUGGAGGUAUUACGGUCUUUAUAAAUAGAUCCUUAUUAACAAUUUUAUGACUGUAAGUGUUUAUAAUAGCAUAAUAAACAAGUCAUUGUUAGAAUAUGCGACAUUCUUAAGCGCCUACAAAGAACAAUUUAUAUACACUUGAGAAUGUAUUUAAAAACUUUCGUUAUAAUUUUACAGUGUUUACAAUAGCAUUACAAACUUUGAUUAGGUAUGACUAACUUGCCCAUUAUGUCGCUGUUAAACCUUUACUAGGUUUCUGUUGCUUUGUAAAACAAAGACACACUUCAAAAUGCAUUCAUUAGCAGUUCACUAUGGGCUUAUCAAUUGUUAACUCUACCACAUUACCAAGAACCAAGCUUUGUUAAGGGUAAUAAAUCUUCAACCAAAGCGGUGGAGAACUGUCAUGACCAUCCUUGAGUGGCAAAAGACCAAACAAACAGACACAGUAACAAGGCCUGUUAACAAUUUCUAUGCUCCCAGAUGUCAAUAUCUAGAUUCAACAAUGGCCUUGCUUCUGCCAAGGUUUAUUGCUGCAUUCAGGUGCAAUCCAACUAUUCAUCGUUCUGUAACAACAACCAUAAACCCAUGCUCGCCUGAAGAAAUAUAAUGAUUAUCUUCUGAAAUGUCUUACAGUAUGUCUAAGAUGUUUGUUUUGGUAGAAAUAAUUGUUUUCUUAACUACACUUUGUAGUAGAUUGUGUGAUCACAUCCAGUUUACCUUUAGCCCUGUGAGGAAUUUAUCGUGUCUUUUUUCAUUUUGUAACUUUGCGUGCGGGUCAGUGCUUCCGCUUAGCCAACUGUCACAUGGCUUCAAAUAUCUCUUUUACUGCCAACAUGUGUUUGCACACUUUCACAUGAUAUUGAGCGUCUAUUAUGGAAAGUCAUAAAUAAUCCAAUAUCAUGUGCAACCUUGCCAACAACUGGACAUCUUCCUGUGUAAAGUCACAGGACACACUAAUAUUAUCAGUAGCUGC